AUGGGCUGGUCGCACGGGAAGGGUCCCGGCUGUACGGCAGCAAAGAUAGGCCAAUUCGUCAGUAACUCCUUCAUAUCUGACGACCCCUGGAAGUGUGUUAAGGGGUGUGGUGGGACAUCCUACUCCAAGCCAACAGUGGCACCGGUCUACUACUAUUGUACGGGUGCCAACAGGGUAGAAGACUGGGAACAGGGCCAGAACUCAUUCAACUAUACGUUCAGUGGUCUAGGUCCCUACACUAUAAGCUACCACGGUACCCAGUGGCGCCCUCUGAGUUUCGGAACUAAUGGCGACUGGAACCUACAAACCAUAGUAGACCUUCACUCGCGGAGUGAUAUUGGCCGACCUAACAGUAGCCCAAUCACCUCCAACAAACCACUGUUCGAGGUGCAGUUCACUUGCCACCACGAACUAAAAAUCCCCAUGGUUGAUCCAGAUGGUGAUAACCUUAAGUGCCGAUGGGCCAAAGGAGAUGAGUGCGCUAGCGUUUGCCACGCUGUGCCCGUGGCCACCCUUAACGAGACAUCGUGCACGCUCGUGUUUACGGCCGACGCUAACUUCAUGACAGACGGGUGGUACGCUGUAGCUAUCACCAUUGAAGACUUCCCAAAGUCGAACAUCACCAUUGGUGGCAAAACCUUCACGCCGUCGGACCCUAUAUCAGCCAUACCAGUCCAAUUUUUGAUCCACGUGAAGACCCAGCCCAUUCCUUGUGACUGGAAGCCAGUGUUUAUCAACAACACGAUAGCGGAAGGCAGCGCGGUGACUGUCGCGGCAGGCAAGACGUUCUCAACAUUAAUGUAUGUCACCAAUAAGAAGAACCCCAGUGCAACCAUUACAAGCUUACAGCUGACUGCCCCCGCUGGUGUGACGUACUCGGGUCCAUUCCCAGACCCAAGUCGUCCGCACGUGGUUUACUGGAAUAUCACGUGGACUCCAACACAGUCCCAGAAAGGAGACAACAUCUUGUGUGGGGUGGCUGAAGACGACAAAGGGAAAAUCACGGAUUCCCGUUGUUUCUCAGUAACUGCAUGGGACGUCGAUCCAUGCACUAAACAACCUUGUCUCCAUGGCGGUACGUGCUCACGUGUUGGCAGUUCCGAGUUUUUCACGUGCGUUUGUGCGGCAGGAUACACCGACAUUCACUGCCAGACCGAUAUCGAUGAUUGCCAGAGUUUGCCGUGCAUGAAUGGCGGCACAUGUCAGGAUCAUGUCAACCGUUUCUCGUGCACUUGUCCCCCUGGGUACACUAACAAAGUCUGUGAAACUGAUGUAGACGAGUGUCACAGUGACCCGUGCCAACAUGGAGGAACUUGUGUAGACCACGUGGCUGGAUACACGUGCUUCUGUUUAGCGGGGUACACAGAUGCAAACUGUCAAACAGAUAUGGACGAGUGUAAGUCGUCUCCCUGUAUGUAUGGAGGGACAUGUACAGACCAGGUUAACAGUUUCAGCUGUUCCUGUUUACCUGGCUAUACAGGCAUCCGUUGUAGUAUAGAUAUCAAUGAAUGUAAGAGUAACCCAUGUCAACAUGGCGGAACGUGCACAGACCGCGUCAACAGCUUUACGUGCAGAUGCAUGCCGGGAUACUCUGGACUGACUUGUCAAACAAAUGUAGACGAGUGUCAAAGUGACCCCUGCCAACAUGGCGGAACCUGCCAGGACCAGGUUAACGGUUAUACGUGUGUCUGUAUGGCGGGCUUCACAGGAGCAGACUGUCAAACUGAUAUAGACGAGUGUAAGUCGUCACCCUGUAUGUACGGAGGCACGUGUGCGGAUCUGGUCAACGGUUUCAGCUGUUCCUGUUUACCCGGUUAUACGGGCACUCGCUGUAGUAUAGAUGUAGACGAGUGUCAGAGUGACCCGUGUCAACAUGGAGGAACUUGUAUGGGUAAAGUGAACGGCUACCAAUGUAUCUGCACCCCGGGCUACACCGAUGCUGAUUGUCAGACGGAUAUCGACGAGUGUAAGUCGUCAACCUGUAUGUACGGAGGCACGUGUACGGAUCUGGUCAACGGUUUCAGCUGUUCCUGUUUACCCGGUUAUACGGGCACUCGCUGUAGUAUAGAUAUCAACGAAUGUCUGAGUAACCCCUGUCAACAUGGCGGAACAUGCACAGACCACGUCAACAGUUACACUUGCAGCUGCAUGCUGGGAUACUCCGGACUAGACUGCCAGACAGAUAUAGACGAGUGUCAAAGUGACCCGUGCCAAAAUGGCGGAACCUGUCAGGACAACGUGAAUGGGUAUACGUGUGUAUGUGUGACGGGGUAUACAGAUGUAAAUUGUCAAACAGAUAUCGACGAGUGUAAGUCGUCGCCCUGUAUGUACGGAGGCACGUGUACGGAUCUGGUCAACGGUUUCAGCUGUUCCUGUUUACCCGGUUAUACGGGCACUCGCUGUACCAUAGAUAUAGAUGAGUGUGCCCCUAGUCCAUGUAAAAAUGGAGGCACGUGCGUUGAUGGAAUCAAUGCCUAUAGAUGCUUUUGUCGGCCAGGCUUUUUAGGAGCUCGAUGUGACAACGAUGUUGAUGAAUGCCUAAGCCAGCCGUGCCUUAAUAACGCCACAUGCACGGACCUUGUCAACGCCUACGCGUGUUCCUGUCUACCGGGAUAUACUGGCAGAAUCUGCGGUGUCGACAUCAAUGAAUGCAAGAGCUCUCCUUGUCAACACGGGUCCUGCAGUGACCUCAUCAACAACUUCGACUGCACCUGUUUCCCGGGCUUUUCUGGUCGUAUAUGUGACGUAGACAUUGACGAGUGUUUUUCUGAUCCUUGUGAACAUGGAGGAACAUGUACAGACCAGGUCAACGCGUACACAUGUUCAUGUGCGCCGGGCUACACUGAUGCACAAUGUACCACAGAUAUUGACGACUGCAAACCUAACCCGUGUCUUAAUGGCGGCAGUUGUACCGAUGAUGUCAAUAACUUCACGUGCAUAUGCGCGAGUGGCUUCAUGGGCUUCCGAUGUGAAAUCGAUAUUGAUGAAUGUGUGAGCGCCCCCUGUCAGAACGGUGGCACAUGUGUGGACAAGUCCAAUGGGUAUGUGUGUACCUGUGCCGCUGGAUACACCGGUACACACUGCCAACAAGGUAUCGAUGAGUGCUCGAGCUCCCCUUGUGCUAAUGGCGCAUGCUUAGACAGGGUAAACUCCUUCCUGUGUCUGUGUGACCCCGGGUACACGGGUGUAUUGUGUCAAACAGAAAUCAACGAGUGUCAAUCACAGCCUUGCCUACAUGGUGGCAUAUGCCAGGACCAUGUCAACAACUUUACAUGUGUGUGUCUGUCAGGCUACACCGGCAGUCGUUGUGAGAAAGAUAUAGACGAGUGUGUCAGUAUGCCUUGUCAAAACAGCGGUACCUGUGUGGAGGGGGUAGACUCGUUCCAGUGUGUCUGUCCAGUCGGCUACACUGGUGCACUCUGUGACCAGAAUAUCGAUGAUUGUAAGGGGACUCCUUGCCGUAACCAUGGCACGUGCGUAGACGGUGUCGCCACUUACACGUGCAGGUGUCCGCCAGGUUUCUACGGCCUCCUGUGUGAGAAAGGUAUCGACCAUUGUAGCCCCUAUCCGUGUCACAACGGAGCUGUCUGUAUCAACAACGUCACCACCUAUCAUUGUAUGUGUCCACUGGGAUGGAACGGUAAAAACUGUGAUACCAAGCUUACCAAAACAGCGAAAUGUUCACAGCUUGAGUAUGCGGACUGCAGUUGCGUGCUCUCUAACAAAUACUCCAUCGUUACCAAUCAGCUUUCUUCAAAAAAGGCCAUAACCUCAUCAAAGAUCAUUUCUUCCGUUAUCGGUGUAUUGCUCGGGUUACUCAGCAGUGUGCUUGGGUACUUCCUCAUCCUCCAGUGUUGCUGUCAGACCAUACCUCGCAUGGCGUCAGCGUCAGCAUCGCCAAACCGCCUAAAAGUCAGGCCCGUUAACGUUGAUCCGGCGGUCCCGCCCUGGCAACAGGGUCACAUGGGAAACCCACCGACUUUACCCAUACAAGGCAAGGAUUCCAAGUCGCCCAACUCCGUCAACAUCUACAGAACGACGCUCAAUUACAACUUUGGUAACAACAAAAUCACCAAUGCUGUGACUGACUGGUAGAUUGGUCUUGGGUGUUUCUGUAUCAUAUCAUGACGUAUCGAGCUUCAUAAGAUUAUAUCGAUAACACUGGAUAAAGGAGGGAACAUAACGAUCUUAUAAAUGUACUGACGUCCGCAGAUUCCCAUCAAUUCA